AUUUGGCUCCUGGGAACGACCACUCUGAGACUUUACAACUUGAUUACAGACGUACCCGAAUACGUGAUUCUGUUCCAUACAUGGGGUACCGAAGAAGUUUCGUUCGACGACAUGCAGGACGCGCAAGUGCGAAACAAGCUGAAAGGAUUUGAUAGGAUCGUUGGAUGUUGUCAUCAGGCUUUGCAGGAUGGAUUCGAGUGGGCCUGGAUCAUCGAUACCUGUUGCAUCGACAAGCGAAGCAGUGCUGAGCUCUCAGAAGCGACUAAUUCAAUGUACGAAUGA